CUCUCCCUCUCCGCUCGGCCCUUCUCCCUCUCCGCUCGCCCGCUCGGCCAUCCCUCUCUCUCCGGCGCUCCCUCUCCGGUUGUCCUUGCUUCCGGCACCUCCUCAUUGCUUCUUCAACUCGCUCGCCUCUUCUUCUAAGUUUAGUAUUUUUGAAUGGAUUCGAAAGCAACCGAAAGAGAUCCUGCAUGGAAGUAUGUAUCUUUAGCGGAUAACAAAGUCAAAAAUGAUCUUACUUGUAAUUUUUGUGGAAAAGUAACAAGAGGAGGGAUUUACCGAGCAAAGCAACAUAUUGUUGGAGGUUUUCGAAAUGCAAAAGCAUGCGGGACAUGUCCGCCGCAUGUGAGAGAGGAAAUAAAAGAUUUUAUGACGAAAAAAGUGGCAGAGAAACAACAAAAUGAGUUCAUGCCCGAUUUUGAAGAUGUAGAUCACUUCGAUGAUAAUGAAGAGGAAGAUGAUGUUGCGGAAUUGAGCGCAAAAGGAAAAAGAAUUCAAAGCAAAAGUAGCGGAUGUAGUAUUGGUAGUAGUAAAAGUGCACACAAAAAACCAAGGCAAAAGGGACCAAUGGACUUGUAUUUCACUCCCAAUGCUGAGAAGGUAAUUCAAGAUAGAAAGGAUGGAAAAAUGAAACAAGCUACGAUCAAUGAAGUUUGUAGGAAAGAGUUGAGAGAAAAAGCGUGUAAGGAAGUAGCUAGAUGGUUUUAUGAUGCAGGAAUACCUUUCAAUGCUGCUAAUUAUGAUAGCUUUCAUGUGGCGCUUGAAGCUGUUGGACAAUAUGGCCCUGGUCUUAAGCCACCUUCUAUGUAUGAAUUACGGAUUCCUUUGCUUCAAAAGGAGGUUCAACAAACAAAGAAUUCAAUGAAUGGGCACAUGGAGGAAUGGGCCAAGACUGGAUGUAGUAUAAUGUGUGAUGGAUGGACGGACAAGCGACAAAGGACCCUUAUAAACUUUCUUGUAAAUUCUCCAAUGGGAACUGUGUUUAUCGAAUCUAUUGAUGCCUCCAAUUACUCUAAAACUGGAGAAGAAAUGUUCAAGUUAUUGGAUAAAAUGGUAGAGCGUAUUGGGGAGGCAAAUGUCGUUCAAGUUGUGACUGAUAGUGCAUCGAAUAAUGUGUUGGCUGGGAAAUUAUUGGAGGCAAAACGACCAAAUUUAUAUUGGUCACCUUGUGCAGCCCAUUGCAUUGAUUUGAUGCUUGAGGACAUUGGAAAGAUGCCUGAGGUGCAUAGAACAGUAAAAAGGGCAACAACAUUGAGUAGUUUUAUUUAUGCCCGCACAGGAGUGGUCAACAUGAUGAGGCGUUUUACAGCCCAAAGAGAGUUGCUUAGGCCUGCUGUAACAAGAUUUGCAACGGCCUUUCUUACCCUUCAACGGUUACAUAAGCAAAAAAGCAACUUUAGAAAGAUGUUCACAUCGGAUGAUUGGACCAAAAGUAAAUGGGCAAAGGAACAAGCGGGCAAAAAUGCAACUAGCAUUGUAUUGAUGCCCACAUUUUGGACUAGCAUUGUUUAUAUUCUUAAAAUUUUUGGUCCUCUUGUUCGUGUGCUUCGACUAGUUGAUGGUGAAAAAAGGCCAGCAAUGGGCUAUAUUUAUGAGGCUAUGGACAGAGCAAAGGAAGCAAUUGCCAAGUCUUUUAAAGAGAGGGUGGAGAAAUAUAGUGAAGUAUUCAAGAUUAUUGAUAAUAGAUGGCAAUGCCAGCUUCAUCGCCCUUUGCAUGCAGCCGGUCAUUUCUUGAACCCUGAAUUUUUUUAUUCAAAUUUAGAAAUUUACGGAGAUGAGGAGAUUAUGACCGGUUUAUAUCAAGCUAUGCAAAGAUUGGUUUCAAGUGCUCAAGAGCAAGAUAAAAUAUGCGAUCAACUAAGUGUAUAUCGUGAAGCACAUGGUCUUUUCGGAACUAAUAUGGCAAUUCGCCAAAGGAAAACAAAGUCACCGGCUGAAUGGUGGAAAUUGUUUGGAUCAUCAACACCAAACUUGCAAAAAUUUGCAAUUAGGGUUCUAAGCCUCACUUGUAGUGCUUCCGGUUGUGAGCGAAAUUGGAGUGUAUUUGAACAUGUAAGUCAUCAAUAUUAAAUCAUCUUAUACAACUAUAGUUAUGGUAUUUUAGUAUUUGAUAGUUUUAAGUUCUUAAUUUAAUAAAGUUGUUCGCUUCUUUUGCAGCUUCAUAGUAAGAAAAGGAAUAGGCUCACGCAAAAACGUUUAAAUGAUUUGGUGUAUGUGAGAUACAAUAGAUCAUUGAGGAGGCGUUAUAAAUUGCGUGACACUGUUGAUCCUAUCUCAAUGAGUGAAAUUGAUGACAGUAAUGAAUAGUUGAUUGGAAAAAUGAAUGAAGACGACGAUAAUGAGAGGGAAGAUAAGGAUGUUUGGGAAGAUGACACAUUGACAUGGAGUAUAGUAGCUAAAGCAGCAGGGGUGGAUCAGCCUACCCAUCAUACUAGAUCACAUAGUUCCACCAAGUACAGUGAUAAAGGAAAGGCAAAAGCUUCAUCUUCUCAAUCACGGAAUAUUAGUAACUUUAUAAAUGAUAAAGAGCCUGAUUUUGAUGAGACUCUCAACACAGAAGAUGAAGAAGAAGAAGAAGACAUUGGAGAAGACAAAUCUGAUGGGGAGAGGAGUAUUCUUCAUCAAGUGAUGAAGAUGAUGGUUGAUGAUUAAGGAAUGAGGAUUGAGGACUAAUUAAUAUUGCUAAUAUGACGUAUUUUGGCUUGGGGUCUUGAACACUUAUCUUUCACAUGAUCAUGAUGCUUUUUUAA